AUGAAUGAUAAGCAACCUGGGAAACUAGCCACACAUUCUACACUGACAGAUCGGCCGUCGAGGUGUCCAAUCAGAUUGAAUUACGAUUUUCGUGUAACCCAUGAUCAGGGUCACUUUCUGCCUUUGGAUGGAAGCGACGAAUCUUUGAUAUUACAAAGUAGAGUAAAAGCGCCAGGCAGUCACAUCAGCAAGGCAGAUGGCAGCAUCCAGGAGACGAUUGUAUGCCAGGAAGACAUACCCCGGGGUUUUAAGGUCUUCGAGUCUGACAUAGGAAGCGAAGGCUAUGAUAAGAGCUAUCUAGGCCAGAACCAGAUGUGGUAA